AUGACUCGAGAGAUCGACGAAGAGAUGAUGAGCGUCGGCGGUAUGACAGUGACAGAAGCGAACACAAAAGAAAACGGAGCCGAGACCGUGAUGACGGACAUAAACGUAGAAGAGAAUCAAGGAGUCGUAGUAAAAGCAGAGAGCGACGGAAAGAAAGGUGUGCAAUCAUCGCUGGUGCGGGUUGGUAUUUCGCUAAUAUUCGAGGCACGUGCGUCUAGUCGUCGAGACAAGUCCAAAGAACGCAAAGAACGCAAAUAUGAAAAGAAGAGACAGAAAGAAGAGGAGCAGAUUCGACAAUUGGCCGAAUUGAGCGUCUACAACCCGGUGGACAACCCAUUUCACGACGCCAAUCUCAAUCAGCAAUUCAAGUGGCAUAAAAAGGCGGAAAGAGACAAGAAAUCUGGAGUUUCUGCUGCCGAAGCUCAGGCCCGUGAUGCUGCGCGGAGACAGGAGGCCAAGGAAGAGCUUGAGCGGUUGAAUAGGAGGCGUGCAGAGAGAGAAGCCGAGAUGGCAUUGCGUGAGGAAGAAGAGGCCAAGAUGGCGAGACUACAAGAGAGUGCACAGAUGGCGGAAUGGAUUGCCAAAGAGGGCGACUUUCAGCUGGAGCAAGAGCGAAAGAGGAGCAUCAUUCGACUCAAGGAACGACGUGCAAAAGCGAUUGACUUUCUCAGUCUCAAUCUUAAAUACGUCGGUACACUGCAAGCUGACGAUGAUGAUGAAGGGUUGGACGCUGCUGGACUGGACAUUGACUUGGACGAACCUUACAAUAUCUUGGAUAACCUCAACCUCGCUCAGACGGAGGAGCUUCACGAUGAUAUUGAAAGAUAUCUCCGUCUCGAAGAUAACGAGCUACACAUCGACUUUUGGACUAAUAUGAUGGUCGUUUGUAAAGCACGGCUAGAUGAUCUUCGGCAGCAAGCAGCAGACAAUCGUAGAGGUAUAACCCUCAGCCGUGGCGUAGAAGCCGGGAUUACAGCCCUACUCGCGGACAAGACAUACGAGCAAUUGAGCGAGUUGCAGCGCUCGAUCCAGGCAAAACUCACCAGUGGAGAUCCGGUCGACGUCGACUAUUGGGAAGGGCUUUUGAAAACUUUGCUUGUCUGGAAAUCAAAAGCAAAAUUGAAAUCCUUGCACGAAGUUGUCGUGAGGAAUCGCCUAGAACAACUUCGCAAGCGACAGCGAGAUGAGGCUCUGCAAGCACAGGUCGAGCUGCUCGGAGGCGACAACAGUAGCCAUCGAAAGCAUUGGCCAGCAGAAGUUCGUCCGCUCCCGUCACAAGAUACGGAAGAAGCUAUGGAGUUGGACGAGCCAGAGCCGUAUACAAGAGAUAUGAGCCCGCCGUUAUUCGAGUACGGACGACUCUCAUAUGAAGAUCGUCAGCUAGGAACCGUCAAGCCACAGGAGGAGCUCCAGGCCUUGUUGAAGCAAAGACGUGCGGUCGCGGCGACUCGCUUCGUGCCAAAGACUGUAGAAACCACAGUAGUUGAAGAACCCGUUGCUGAAGCGCCAACGGCGAUGGAUGCAUUUACUCGCGAACUCAACUUUCGUAUGGAUGCCGAGGCGGAUCUCGAAGAGGAUGAUGAAGAGGAAAUGUUCAACCUAGAAGCGAAUCUCUCUAAUCCGACACCAUAUACAUGGGAAGACAAAUACCGACCACGCAAGCCACGUUACCUCAACCGAGUGCACACGGGUUACGAAUGGAACAAGUAUAAUCAAACUCAUUAUGAUACUGAUAAUCCGCCACCAAAGGUCGUUCAAGGCUACAAGUUUAACAUCUUUUACCCAGAUCUCAUUGACAAGUCCAAAACACCAACUUACAAAAUUAUCAAAGACUCCACGAAUGACGAUACGGUGCUCUUACAAUUCACUGCAGGGCCACCGUACGAGGACAUCGCAUUCAAAAUUGUCAAUAAGGACUGGGAGCAUUCCCACAAGAGAGGAUUCAAAAGUACAUUUGAUCGGGGUUGUCUGUCACUAUGGUUCAACUUUCGCCGGAAUUCCAAUCUUGAUGACUUGAUUCUUUCCGGGGCGUUCAACCAAGCACAAGAUGGAACUUCAUCCCCGAGGCGCUCACAAGACUCUGGGGAUAGUCUGAAAUGGCCGGAUGAAGAUUUCGAAGCCGGAGAUAUCAGUAACAAGGACAAUUUCGAGGCAACUUUACAUCCCCCGCACGAGAGUAUAGGGAUGGGGCCAGGGCGGACAGGCGUCAAAGGCGUUAUACGCGAUAGAGCGGAAGCGAUGGCUCUUGCGCGCGCAAAGCGUUCCUCUGAAAUCGCGUCUCUCAAUCGACAAAUGGAGAAGACGAGCCUGGCCGCAGGCGGACGAACAUGGCAAGAAGACGAGGAGUACCGACGACGACAGCAAGGCAUAGAUACUAUUCGCGAGCGAGGGGAGAUUGAUUUGUCUGGCCUGACCAAGUCCCAUGGCUAUCUGAGAGAAGUGGGCGCAGCAAAUUAUGUUCAAGCGGUGGAGGAUCCAAACGCGCGAGUGGUGGUGCAUAUAUACGACCCGUCGUUGGAGCGCUGUUACGACCUGGAUGCCACACUUUCGAGACUCGCCCGGUCCUCGCCCAGCACAAAGUUUAUUAGAGUCAAAGCUACUGCUAUUGGGUUUGCUCUCAAGAGCUCAAGUGAUACAGGUGCACUGGGCGGAUCAUCCUCCAAGAUUCGGAAGACAAACACGACAAUUCUACUAAGCGAGGACACGGACUUCUUCGAUGAUGAAGAUCUAGAGAUAGGAGAGGAUGCGGAUGAAGCUGAAGCGGAUACAGAUAUGCUGCCAACGAUGCUCGUCUAUGAAAAAGGGGAGCUAUUGCACACCUGGGUGCGUGUCGACUGGGAAGCUGGACAAGAUGGAGUUGAAAAUCUGUUAUUCCGGCAUAAUCUCAUCUCGAGGCGAUCUCAACCGGGAGCGCAGGGCAUCGCAGCGCUGUCAGACGACGAAGAGGAUGAAAGGAUUAUCAUCUCUAUCCACGUCGGACAGGCUGGUGUCCAGAUUGGUAACGCUUGCUGGGAGCUUUACACCAUCGAACACGGCUUGAGCCCAGAUGGCCGUCUCGCACCCGAUUCUCCUUCCCAGACAGACACUGGCUUCUCUACCUUCUUCUCUGGUCAGUUUACUGCUCGAAUCUAUGACCUCCAGACUGGAGCCGGAAAGCACGUUCCCCGCUCGCUUUACAUCGAUUUGGAGCCCAAUGUCAUUGACGAGGUCAAGACUGGCACCUACCGUUCCCUUUUCCAUCCUGAGACGCUCGUGACCGGCAAGGAGGACGCCGCGAACAACUACGCUCGUGGUCACUACACUGUCGGAAAGGAGGUCAUUGAUGUCUGCGUCGAGAAGCUGAGGAGGCUCGCCGACAACUGCUCUGGUCUUCAGGGCUUCUUUGUCUUCCACUCGUUUGGCGGUGGAACCGGCUCCGGCUUUGGUGCUCUCCUCAUGGAGCGCCUCUCGACGGACUAUGGCAAAAAGUCCAAGCUCGAGUUUAGCGUCUACCCCGCUCCCAAGAUGAGCAGCUCUGUCGUCGAGCCCUACAACUCGGUCCUCACGACCCACACGACCCUUGAGCACUCGGACUGCUCGUUCAUGGUUGACAACGAGGCUAUCUACGACAUCUGCCGUCGCAAGCUCAACGUUCCUGCCCCUUCGUUUGUCAACUUGAACAGGCUGAUCGCCCAAGUCGUCUCGAGCAUUACCGCCUCGCUCCGCUUCGAUGGUUCCCUCAACGUCGACUUGAACGAGUUCCAGACCAACCUUGUUCCUUUCCCUCGUAUCCACUUCCCGCUGGCCACCUAUUCUCCACUCUUGUCUGCUGACAAGGCUCACCACGAGCAAAACUCGGUUGCAGAGAUGACCUUCUCCUGCUUCGAGACCGGAAACCAAAUGGUCAAGGCUGAUCCUCGUGAGGGCAAGUACAUGGCUUGCUGCUUGCUCUACCGUGGAGAUGUCGUCCCCAAGGAUGUCCAGGCCGCCAUUGCCACCAUCAAGACCAAGCGUACUAUUCAGUUCGUCGACUGGUGCCCAACUGGCUUCAAGCUUGGUGUUUGCAACGAGCCGCCCGCACUGGUGCCCGGCGGUGACCUCGCAAAGGUCUCUCGCAGUCUCUGCAUGCUCUCCAACACAACCUCCAUCUCCAACGCUUGGUCUCGCCUUGACCACAAGUUCGAUCUCCUCUACUCCAAGCGUGCCUUCGUCCACUGGUACGUCGGAGAGGGUAUGGAGGAAGGUGAAUUCUCCGAGGCUCGUGAGGAUCUUGCAGCCCUCGAGAAGGACUACGAGGAGGUCGGAAUCGACAGUGCCGACAUGGAAGAGGAGGCUGGCGAAUACUAA